AGUCGCGAGUCCAGGAAUUUGUCACGGGAUGGACUUAAAUUCGAGGUUUGGGGGUGACACCCGUGAAUUUUGUUUUUGACAAAAACAUAAAAUAGGAAAAGAAAAAAAAUUAAGGGUGCCUUCUGCAUUAAUUUCGAUUUUGGGCAGAGUAAUUAAUAAAAAUUAGGGGGUUUUGCAUUAAUUUAUAUAUAUUUUGGAAGAAUUAAUUAAUAAAAAUUGGGUGGAUUAAAUAAAUACAGAAGUAUAAUAUAAGGGAUAAAUUAUAAAUUAAUGGUGGAGUUGAGUCCAUCUAUGUAUCAUGGACUCAUUAUCCCCACCAAAACGCCAAAAUUACAGCGUGGGAAGAGGAGCUUCUUCGGAGUCAUCAGGGCUGAAUAACGGCGGAGGUGGUGGUGGUGGUGGAGGAGGAGAGGAGCGGCGGCGGUUGACAAAAGUGUUGUUCAAUGUAUAUAUCCAGAACAGUUUAGGGCCGGUACAGGUCAUGAUGCUUCCGGAGAACACGGUGGCGGAGCUGAUGAAGGCGGCGAUAGACGUUCACGUGAAGGAGAAGCGGCGGCCGUUGAUGGGGAGUAGUGAUCCGGUGUGCUACGAGCUUCAUUAUUCCCAAUUUAGCCUCCAAAGUUUGAAGGCAGAAGAAAAAUUGAUAGACUUGGGCUCCCGCAAUUUCUUUUUAUGUCCAAAAAUUGUGAUGAAGUGAAUUAAUAUUAAUUAUGUAUAUCUUCUAAUCAUUUACUUGCUAUAUUAUUUGUAAAUUUCGUUUUAUUUUAAGGGU